AUCUCUAUAAUUGUAUUAUUACACUUUGUCCUUUAGCAAGGUUAUUCAAGUCUGAGGUGAUCCAUUGAGCCAGCUGCAUGACAAACAGCCGUGAAACUGGCAAAAAGCAAUGAAUCAAACUCGGUUGAUGUACAAGCUGAAUUUUAAAGAGUUAUGAGUGAACAACCAGAAGACACCACAGUAGGCCUGUCACGAUUGGUCGAUAUAAUCAACUGCGUCGUCAUUGAUAUUUGGUUGACAUCAAUAUUUUUGAUCGACUGUUUGUUUUAUAUUAUUUUACCUUCUAAAUUUUGGAGGAAAUUCCAGUCUUCGUCCGUCACACCUAAGGACCGCGCCAGACCACACAUUUACAGUCAUGACUGGAUAUUCUGCUGAACCAUCAAGUCUGUUGAUCUAUUUACUGAUAUAUAUGGUCAAGUUUGGAGUUAUAUUCCCGUUUUGUCAAACGCAAGGCAACCAAAAUGUUCACAUUUCCUUGUUACUUCAAAGUUUUGCACUUUUUUUUUUAUGAAUGCAAAAUAGGUUCAAUAUUUUGGUAAUGAGACUAAGUGUGAAGAGUUGUGAUUAUUAUUUGUAAAUUUUUCCAGAAGUAAGAAACUAUUUAUCUUGAUAUUAAUGCAUAAGUCAAGAGCACCACCACAGAAACGGCGUUGUACAGCUGCCUCUAAAAUGCAGUUUUAAUGUUGAAAAUUACUUUUAUAAAAAUCUUCAACACAAAAAUAUAAAGCAUUAAAUUUAACCCGAUAAAAAAGCAGGCCGGUAAUAAAGUGAAAGUUAUGUAUAGGGUUUAUAUGGCACACUUUAAGAAUGAGAGCUCUGUCCGGAGUGAUAAAAGCCCUGCACUACACAAGGAGACUAGUUAACUUUACCCUGAAGAAAACAGAAACUUAGUAAGUGAAGCAAGUUUUUCCUUGUUUAUGAUCAGCAUAUCUCUGAACUUUUUAUGUGUAUGUGUCGCGAUCACUUUCCGGAGGCGGCACAUUUCCAUACCUAAAGCCUGUAUUUUCUUCCUAAGAACUUCAGAUAAGGUCAUUACGUGGAUUUUUUUUUAAAUACGCUGUGAUUCCUUAGUUAGGCUUCCUGAGUUGAUUUUAUUUAUUGAUGCAAAUGCAAUGCAAAGAUAAACAAGACAGACACGGACCAUGAAACAACAAAGAAAACAAUAUUUAUAUGCGGUGGUGAUCAGCAGGAUUAGUCAUUCUUCUUCAGAUGACAGUCACGUAAUAAACAGGACAACAAGCACUACAAUGGCUCCACCUUUGAUUUUAGGAUCAAUUAAUAGAGGUAUCAAGCCUGUUUACUUUAUUUAUUAUCAACAUUAUAAACAAUAAAGGCAGAUAUUCUUGUCAGAUCUGGGUUUUGUUACCGGGAGUUAGAGAACAGCAGCAUGUUUUCUCAGCUGUCUACUUGUUGAACAGACUUUCCCAAAAUAAAAUAGACCGAUAUGCUUGUUUAUAUCAAAAAUAUGUAAAACUAAAUAAACAAGAUAACCAUAUACCCCAGACUGUCAAUAUACAUUGCGUUUUGUAUGUUUGGAUUUUGUAUGAUUUCGCGUUGCGCUGGUUUAAAUGCACUUUUAUGUACUUUUUCUAUUUUUCCAAAGUUGCUAAUCUUUUUAACAUAAAAAACCUAUAUGCAAGACAGAGUAUUAGUGCGUUAUGAAUAUUUAAUGAUAAUUAUAAUCUUGAUUUGAAAUUGUGACAAAUUACGUAUCUAUAAACUUAAAUGAAAUAAAGGAAUAUUCGUUUUUAAUGAGCUCAAAUAUGAAAUUAUUGAAAAAUGCCCAUCCCUAAUAAACAUGAUGAUCAUAUGCCAACUCGAGUGUCCAUGUAUGUUCUCUACAUUAGGCCGGUCUGCUUUAUAAACGGGUCUUCGUUCGCUUUGAAUGAGCUUAUAAUGGUUUUUGUUUGGUACCCUUAUACUCAGGCUUACUCCAAUUUUUUCGAUAAAGAAACUCAGGAUAUAACGUAGGAUUGUUGUGAAUAUAACUUAUAAGUAAUAGGCCUAUGUCGACAACUGAAAAUGCCAUAUUUUAGCCUAAUAUCCAGUGAGUUUUGUUGCAUUUUUGCAAUUGUUUUGCAGUUCCAGCAUGCACAAAUAUACUGGUUAAUUAUAUUUCAUUUAGACGCCGCUGGUGUUCCAUUGUUAUUUGCAUUGAGGCUUUGUUUAUUUGCACUAAACAGCCCAGUUAUCUUUUAUUUAUUGUCUUUUGAAAACUUAUAUUAAGCUUAAUAUGGCUAUUGCAUCCUUUUUAAAAAUAAAAAUCCUCAUUGCUGCUUGUCGUUCAUCAUUUAUCAAAAAAAAACAAAAAAAGAGUAUAGAUUUUUCUCUAAAACUGCUAUCUUGUACUUUAAAGGUCAAAUUGUGACUUCCGGUGAAACAUUAAUCGUUUAGAUUAAUUGAUUAAUUAGUCGAUAUAAAAAUAGUCGUUAGUGGCAGCAGAUCUGUAAAUAUGUGUGUUAGAGUUGAUGAUGCUCCUGUGGUUCAGUGCGGUGGCGUAACAAAGAUUGAACAUUAUGUUCUCAUCAUCUUGCUAGAAAUCUCCUCCUAUCUUUAUGUCCACACGUCGGGAGCGUUUCUCAAGCAAAAUUGUGGCGAUGCGAGUCACUAAAGCUCGUCAACGACAUACAGCAAAACAGUGCUAAGCAAACUAACUGACCUGACUCCAAAACAUGAGCUAGUCAACUGCACCAUUGGAAAGUGACCAUCUUAAAAAUCGAUUAUUAAUGUCUCAUCACAUCCAUACACUCCAAAAGCUAAAACUAUGCUCACGUUGUCUUUUAAUUAACAAGCAAACAACUUUAAACAUAAACUUCGAAAAUGUGCUAAUAUUGCUAACAUCUGUAUUAAACCGUUUGCAAUGUAAACUUAAAAUCCACCUGAAAUCACCAACAGAAACAUUUCUUACACAUUGAAGUAGCAAUAAACGCACAACAGUUAAUCGUUUUAAAUCUACGCAUUUCAUAGGCCUCGUGACUUGGAAAAACUUUAGCAAACCAGCUAAUCGCCGCUACGUCUGCUAGCCCUGAUACAUUACGAGGGGCGGGACGUCUGUCAGUGAUGUUCAAAGUGCUACAACCCAAGUCAUUCACAUCAAGUGAACAAGUUUUUACGGGAACCUCCGAGCACCAACACUGCCCAAGAAUGAACUUCCUUCUCCUUCAUCUUCUGAUAAUUCUCCUGAGUCACAGAGCCAACAUGGAACGUAUUGAGAGCAACCAAGACUGUACAUGGCGUUGUUCUGAGGGUCUUACGUGUAAACCUAGACCUUACUACCUGCUUUCAUUAUCUCACUGCAAGAAUCAGCCGGUUAGCAGUGCUGUAUUUUAUAAUGUGAUACUGUCUACUGUAUUGGGAUGUGAGGGGAGAACAUGUUCACUGCAACUCAAAAUCGCAACGUCAAUGAAUAUAACUGGUAACAUCCGUGGAGUUUCAGUUUGUGUCGACUCUGCAGGAAUGAUGGGACACUGUCAGAUUUAUAACUUUGGCCAUGCUGGUAGAGAAAACUUUGCAGGAAAACAGGCUGAUGUGCAGUUCAAGUGUGUUCCAGUUAGACCCGGUCAGCAUGUGUUUGUAACUCUCAAAACUGUUCCUAACUACUGUAAAGCCGUGAGGAUGCAAAGAUACUUCGUACCUGAAUGCAGCCAUAAAGAUAUCAGAGACAAGCUCUCAGAGUGCAUCACUGGAAAGCUGAAUUAUACUGUGGAUAAAGCCAAAAGAGAGUUAACAGUGAAAGUGUCUGAUGCUCCUUUAAAUACGGCUUAUAACCUCAGGCUCUGUCAUAAACGUAGCGUCAUCUGUACAGGUGAAGGAACACACAGAACGGUAAAACCUCAAGAUCUACAGAGGAGCAUCACAUUUCAGUACUCUAAGGCUCUACCUUGUUUGUGCAUUGAGGGCUGGCCUGCCAGAGUAGAUGCACGGCGAGUUCAAGCGUGUCCAUUCAGAAACGAUUUGGAGGAGCUAUGGUCUGGAAUAACCUACGACCCCAACAAAGAGGAGUUGAUAUGGGAGCCUUUGUGUCCUAUCAAAGUAUCUGUUUCUCUAUGCCACGCAGAUGCAGAGAACCAUUGCCGAGACCUCGGAGAUAUUAUUCACUCAGAAGGACAAAAAGUGAUAUUCUCUUCUGUGGAUCCGCACCCUAUGCUUUGCACGAAGUUUACCACCGAAAUGGGUACAUGGAUUAAAUGUCCUUUCAACAAAGGGAAUUUCUCAGUGUGGAGCGCAAAGCUGAAAUCAAAACACGGUCAGCGUUGGGCGGAGAUUGUAUCGUGGGUGAAAGCUAACUUCUCUGUUUCCCUUUGUGAGACGAAGCCUUUCUCUCAGUGCAAACCGACAGAGAGAAUCACAACACAAACCCUUGUGGACAAAAUGAGGCACACAACUUUCAACUUGUCCAGAGGUGCGUGCGAAAUGUGCAUUUGCAUCCAGGUGCAGAGAGUGGAUGUUCAGUUUUCAGUUCCAGUCCUCCAGUGCGACUUGGAGUGUUCAAAUUGGUGCCGUGACCUGGAGAGAAGUUACUAUGGAAAGGUCGAGAAGAUCAUAAUUCCUGCUGUUGUUUUUCUGACGCUGCUCUUGGCAGGUGCUUUUAUCACUAAAAUGACAAUAAAAGAUGGGAGUAAAAGAACAUUGUGGAAGAAACUUAGCGAGCGAGACAGUGACACAUGUCUAUACAGCAAGUGAGGGGGUUGAUUUUGGAACAGUUCUACAGCACACAUCUGACAAUAUUAUUAAGAAAUACGCCUAUGUAUAUUUAAAAAACAUUAGUUAUAUUUGCAUUAAAUGUUUUAACUUGUCAUUUAUAAAUAAUGGAUCUGGUUCUCAACGAAGACACAAAAACCCUGAAUGCACUGUAAAACGCUUAAUAUAAAAGCGUCAGGGAAAUGCAUGAAUGUAAAUAUAAACAUUGAUAACUUAA